AUGGUUAAAGAAACAAAGUUUUACGACCUCUUAGGAGUUUCGGCAACUGCAUCGGAAACUGAAAUCAAAAAAGCUUAUAGAAAGACUGCAUUGAAAUAUCAUCCUGAUAAGAAUCCAUCAGAAGAAGCUGCUGAAAAGUUUAAGGAAGCUUCUUCAGCAUACGAAGUUCUUAUGGAUGCUGAGAAAAGAGAAGCUUAUGAUCAAUUUGGUGAAGAAGGUUUGAGCGGCGCCGGUGCUGCCGGUGGUGGAUUCGGCGGAUUCGGUGGAUUCGGUGGAUUCGGCGAUGAUUUAUUCUCACAGUUCUUUGGUGGUGGUGCAUCAAGACCAAGAGGUCCACAAAGAGGUAGAGACAUUAAACAUGAAAUCACAGUCACAUUGGAGGAAUUGUACAAGGGUAGAACAUCGAAAUUGGCACUUAACAAGCAAAUCUUGUGUAAGACUUGUGAAGGUCGUGGUGGUAAAGAAGGUGCAGUUAAGAAGUGUACAUCCUGUAACGGUCAAGGUGUGAAAUUCAUCACUAGACAAAUGGGUCCUAUGAUCCAAAGAUUCCAAACCGAGUGUGAUGCUUGUGAUGGUACAGGUGAUAUCAUUAAUCCAAAGGACCGUUGUAAGGCUUGUAGCGGUAAGAAAGUGGCAAAUGAAAGAAAGAUUUUGGAAGUUCAUGUGGAUCCAGGUAUGAAAGAUGGUCAAAAAAUCGUUUUCAAGGGUGAAGCUGACCAAGCUCCAGAUAUUAUUCCAGGUGAUGUUAUCUUCGUGGUAUCUGAAAGACCUCACAAACACUUCCGUAGAGAUUCUGACGAUCUAGUGUACGAAGCCGAUAUCGAUCUACUAACAGCUAUCGCCGGUGGUGAAUUCGCAAUUGAGCACGUUUCUGGUGAUUGGCUCAAGGUGGAGAUUGUGCCUGGUGAAGUUAUCUCUCCUGGUAUGCGUAAAGUUAUCGAAGGUAAGGGUAUGCCAGUUCUUAAAUACGGUGGUUUCGGUAACCUAUUGGUUAAAUUUAAUAUCGUUUUCCCUAAGGACCACUUCACCAGUUUGGAAAAUAUGAAGAAAUUGGAAGAAAUCUUACCACCAAGAAAGAAGACAUCAAUUCCAUCCAAGGCUCACGUAGACGAUUGUGUCCUAUCCGAAUUCGAUGCAGCUAAAUACAGUAGUACACGUGGUGGUAGAAGCGCCAACAGUUACGACGAGGAUGACGAAGAUCAACCAGGUGCUGAAGGUGUUCAAUGUGCAUCUCAAUGA